AUGUCGGAUAACAGAUCAGAAGACGACUUUCUGAGUGAAACAGUUGUAGUUGAGGCCGCUGUUGUCGUUGUUGACGAUGAGGAUGAGGAUGACGAGGCUGAAGACGACGACGACGGCGUCCCCAUUGACCGCGGCUGGGCGUGGAUGACCGUGCUGGCACUUUUCUUCAACCUGUUCAUAUUGGUGGGUUAUGUGAAGGCGCUGGGGGUGUUGUUUGUCGAGUUCCUCGAAAUCUACCAAGCAUCAGUUACCAUGACAACACUGCUGAUGGGCACCAUGUCGGCUACGUAUAGUGUAGCGUCUUUCUUUACAAUGCAGGUGGUUCUAGUACACUUGGACGCGCGAAAAACUAUCAUUCUUGGCGGGAUUUUGACGUCAUCAGGAAUAACAUUGUCCUACUUUGCGGACAGUGUGGUGUUCCUCAUCUGCAUGCAAGGCAUUGUUCUUGGCAUCGGACACGCACUAGUCAACGGUCCUGGGAUGAUUCUCAUUAGCGAGUACUUCAACAAACGUCGAGGUAUUGCGACAGCCAUCGCCAUCUGUGGCAUCAGUGUGGGCGGCAGCGUAUUCCCGCCAUUUGUGAAUUACCUCCUCGAAGAGUUCACCCUCAGGGACACGUUCCUGAUUCUCGGAGCCAUAAACCUCAACAUCAUAGUGGGCGGCAUGCUUUCACGCCCUGUCAGCUUCUACAAGAAAUCGCACGCAAGGAAAAGGCUUCUAUUAGGAGACAAACCAGCAAAAUCUUCACACACAAGGACAAAACUUCUAAUGGAAGACACAAUGGGAGAAUCUUCACAAGCAAUGAAAAAACGUCUACUGGGAGAUAAAACGGACGAAUGUUUCACUGGUGUAUCCAAAACCGACAGGAAACAUUCAAAAGCAGUAAAUGUCAUAGAAAACCAUUCUAAUAAUAACUCGCGUCUUGUAGCGAAAUCGCGUGAUCACCUUACCAUUGACAAAUCAUUACAGACUGUACCUUGCAGGAAGAGAACAUCUUCGGACAGUGGGACCGAUACGAGCAAAUCGUGUCAGUAUCUGCUGCUGUCCAGUGCUUCGGAGCUUGGACGUGUGUCUGUUAUUGAUCUAACGAGUCUGGAACAUGGUAGCAGCAGGAGUCUGGAUACUGCCUUAACUAUGAACACAGGUCAUGGCAGCAGUACAAAUCCAGGUGUUGGCUUAAUAAACAGACAAAAUGAUGAUUGUACGAAUCCAGUCAUUGGCUUAAUAGACAGAGGACAUGCUGGUUGUACGAAUCCAGGUACUGGUUUAAUGAAUAGAGAACACGAUGACUCUACAAAUCCAGAUAUCAGCUUAAUAAAUGGACACCAUGUUGGCUAUGUAGAUGAAAAAGCCAAACAUUUUACUACAGAAACACAUACUGAUUUGUCCCUUUGUCAAAGGAUUUUGCAACUUAUGAUGAAACCGUUCACGUCUCUUGAUUUCAGUGUCUUCAGGAGCCCACUCUUCUCCGUGUUCGCGUGUGCCGCUUUCUUCACUGUCCAGACAAAAUCAAACUUGACGUACGUACCGGCUCUUGCAAUAGAACAUGGGAUUUCACAAUCGAACGCUGCACUGUUACUGACAAUCAUUGGAUCACUCGACCUCUUAAGCAAACUGGCUUUCGGGUGGUUUGCAGAUCUUGGUGUGAUCCGUAAGCACCACCUCCAGAUGAUCGGUCUCUGCAUCAGCGCCACCUCCUCCCUGUUCGUGUCUCAGUACUCCUCCUUCCCUCUCAUGGUGGGUUACGCCGUAAUCCAGGGAAUCUUCAGCGGGGUCUACAGGUCGCUGUAUGCACUUGUGCUCAUCGACUUCGUGGGAAAAGAGAACAUGGGAAAAGCGUAUGGAAUCAUUCAGCUGAUUCAUGGAUCAAUGGUCGCCAUUGCUCACCCUGUUAUAGGUAAGAUGACUUUUCUGAAAAGAUUCUCACUCGGUAGUUAA